AUGGCUUCCAAUGUACACUUGACGGAUGAUGAGUAUGAUGAAGUUUUUGUUGAUGAUGGGCCUGAUAAUUAUGAUGGUACCGAAGAACCUAAUGAAGAUGAUGGUGUCGAGGAACCAAUAGUUGGAAGGACUUUUUCUAGUGAGGAAGAAGUCCGGUCUUAUUAUAUGAGAUAUGCUAAACAGAAAGGGUUCGGGGUCCGUAGAAGGAAUUCUAGACAGAGCGAAGAUGGGCGGGUUAGAUGGUUCACAUUGGUAUGUGCGCGGCAAGGCACAGCAAAGAGUCAGGCUUCCAAUAUACUCAAGCCAAGACAAACAGAGAGGGUAGGGUGUAAAGCAAGAAUUAAUGCAGUUUUGAAUGAAGAUGGCGGAUAUACCUUGUCUAGUGUAAUAUUGGAUCACACACAUUAUGUCAGUCCAGGGAAAGCAAGACACUUUAGAUGCUUCAAGAAGGUAGAUGCUCGUGUGGCUAAGAGGCUGGAAAUAAAUGAUGAAGCUGGAAUACGUACGUCAAAAACUUUCCAGAGUGUAAUUGUUGAAGCAGGGGGGUAUGAGAAUGUGCCAUUUGGGCAAAAGGAAUGUCAAAACUAUAUUGAGAAAGCACGACAACUUCGUCUCGGAGUUGGAGGCGUUGAAGCUCUAACUAACUACUUCCAGGAAAUGCAGAAAAUUAAUGCUGAAUUUUUUUAUGCGAUUGAUGUCGGCCCUGACAUGAGGUUAAAGAAUGUGUUUUGGGCAGACGCCCGAAGUAGAGCUGCGUAUCAAUCAUUCGGGGAUGUAAUCACUUUUGAUACCACAUACUUGACCAAUGCUUAUAAAAUGCCAUUUGCGCCAUUUGUGGGCGUGAACCAUCAUGGUCAGUCAAUCCUAUUCGGGUGUGGAUUGAUUUCCAAUGAGGAUGCGAAUACUUUUGAGUGGUUGUUUGAGUCAUGGUUGAAGUGUAUGAAUGACCAACCACCAAAUGCAAUAAUUACAGACCAAGAUAAGGCAAUGAAAGUUGUAAUUGCCAGGGUGUUUCCAACAACUAGGCAUCGCUUCUGUUUGUGGCAUAUCAUGAAGAAGCUUCCAGAAAAAUUUGGGUCACAUUCUCGAUAUGACGAGAUCAAAGAUAGUCUACACAAAUGUGUGUAUGACUCAUUAAGUGAGAAUGAGUUUGAAGAACGAUGGGGCGCUUUGCUUGAAACAAAUGAUUUUCGCGAGAAUGCUUGGUUGGGAUUGCUUUAUGCUGAUAGGCAUUAUUGGGUGCCGGCGUACGUAAAAAAUACAUUUUGGGCCGGAAUGUCAACCACACAACGUAGUGAGGGCAUGAAUGCAUUUUUUGAUGACUACGUUCACUCCCGGACCACAUUGAAACAAUUUGUGGAUCAGUACGAUUCAGCCCUUAGAAGGAAGGCAGAGAAUGAAGCAAUUGCUGACUUUAAUUCAUUUAACACUGAGAUUCCUUGCAUAUCUCACUAUCCUAUCGAGAAGCAAUUUCAAAAAAUAUAUACAAUUGCCAAGUUCAAGGAAGUCCAAGAAGAAUUUCGAGGGUUUUUGUAUUUGACUACCUCGUAUUUUGGUGGUGAUGGGGCAAACUUUACGUACGUAGUCGGGGAUGAGAUUAAGGUGAGUGAUGGAUUCAUUAAACGCGUAAACUAUUUUGUUAGCGUAUGUGAAGAAUCUUCUCUUGAUAUUACAUGCAGUUGCAAAUUAUUUGAGUUUAGGGGAAUAUUAUGUCGACAUGCUCUUCGAAUCCUGGCACAGUUAGACAAGAGUGAAGUUCCACCAAAAUACAUUUUGGAUCGGUGGAGGAAGGAUAUAAAGAGACAAUAUGUCAAUGUAAGAAGUAGUUAUGAGGCGACGAGCAAUCCUGAGAAACAAAGGUUCAAUCGGAUCCAGAAUUGCUUCUAUCAACUAUGUUCAAAUGCCGCAAAGACCGAGAGAAGCUGUGUGAAAUUGAUCAGCCAACUAGAACAAUUGAAAUCGGAGUACCCCGAUGACGAUUCAUAUGGUGCUUGUUCCACAGCUGGUCUUGUUACUCCCAUUGAUGGCACAACCAGCAAAGUUCUUAGUCCAUUAGUUGUUCGGAGUAAAGAGAGACCCACAACUAAGAGAAGAACACACCCCGUUGAUAAGGCUCUCAAGAAACCGAGUACUAGAAGGAGAUUGUCCACAACUGAGCAAUCCUCGCUACAUGAUCAAGAAAGCCAAGUUUGGACACAUGGGCCGGAUUUUUUUUGUACUCCCUUGUCUGCUCGUCCACCUCCAGUGCAAGCGCAACCUGUGCAGAUGAAUGACUCGGAUCAGGAUGAUUUACGACAGCCUAGAUGGUGGCAGCCAUGA